GUGAAUAAGUACAUUAGCAAAGACCCUGGGAUGUACUAGUACAAGUAGAAACACUGCGUCACAGGAUACAAUAUAAGACAAUCUUGGAAAAGAACGAGCAGUUCAGGAUAUAACCAAAACAGAAAAAUUCCCACGGAUUAGAUAUUACGUUUUUUGUAAGAGGACACAAAUACUUUGGAAUUCGUACCAUAAUCCUCGCAUACAUCAGUGACCGAUAUUUUUAUCAAGGCUAGGAUGUCUGCAUGACAAGCUUGAAUAUGCUGUAAUUCCUGAUAUAAAUUCGAUUUAAAGUGUUAAGGAUAUACAUCUCCACCCUCAUACGGAUUAUACGUCAGCUAGAACUAUAAUAGGAUGGGUCAGCCAGCGACCCCUUACCAGAAAAUGUUUGAAGAUGCAGUGAAGCGUGGGGAUAUGUUAAAUUUACAGACUAUCUUAGAAGAUAGGGGUGGCAAAAUAAACGUUAAUCUAUAUGACACAGAAGGGCAAACAGCCCUGCAUCAAGGAUGCUUAGAAGGUAAUUUAGAACUUGUUAAAUUGCUUGUCAAUUUUGGUGCAGAUGUUCGACUUUGUAAUCGGGACGGUUGGGCCCCCCUUCACAUAGCCGCUUAUGGGGGUCAUAACGAAAUUACGUUAUACUUGAUAAACGCUAACAGAAUAAACAGUAAGAACGCUAGAAAUAACCAACAGCCACAAGAGGAGAGGACAUAGG